AUGGUAAUGGAGAUCUAUGAAGAGAAACUAGACAAUUUUGUGAAGCCUGCCGCAACAAUUCCACUCUACACGGAAAUACAACACUGGUAUAGAGAAGGUUCCACGAAUGAUGAGUCGGAGAAAACAAAUCCAACUUUGAUUCGUCCAUUUGUUCACAAGUGGAGACAGCAUUAUGGUUCGUGUGCGUUUGUGGGUUAUCCACCAUUGGAAAGGUAAAUAACUAUAGGACCUUCUUUUCUCAUUGAAAUAAGCCAAAUGUAUGUUAAUGCUCAACCAACUGCACCAUUCACUGUUAAUCUUCCGCUCGGAGUAUUGACGCCAAACAAUGCUCCGUCAACGAUUCCCGCGGACAUUUUGAGUUUCGUAUUUAUUUAAAUCUAUUUUCCUCCACGAGUGCAAUGUGAAUCAUUUUAUAGACUGAUUCGCGACUGAAUUCAAUUCUGGGUUUUAAAACUUAAUUUGAAAGGCCUGUCUCCAAACACGUUGACUUUAAGCUCUUUUGAGUGUCCGUCAAAUAUAUAGUGUUUCACGAUUUCAUUUGAGCAGGUGGUAAAAUUGCAAAUGAGCCAAUGUAUAGAUUAUAUAUCUAUUGAAAUCGAGGUAAUUUACUGCUGCGGAAACCUGCAUAUCAAUUUAAGCUUUGGUGUACCUAUUUGGUGAAACCAUCUGCUUGUCUGUGAUCUUUUUUACGCGUUCUUGAUUUUUGUCAUCCAUUUGACAACUAGACAAAUUUUUAACAUGGAAACGAAGCAUUGCGUUCUUUGAAUUAGGUGACUCGUGAAAAUUGAACUCCAAAUUAGUAAUGAUAAUAGACAUUGGUAAGUAUAAACCCACAUUAUACAUAAUUCAUCAAUAAAGGCAGUAACUUUCUAAAAAGCUUUCUUGUUGUGUUGGUAGGGAGUAUAACAAGUUAAUUUGACUUUAUCAACGGAGUUAAUAGUGUAACUUGGCCAACGUAAAAAGCUUCUAAAGCUGCCAUUCGUACUCAUUUAUGAAAUUGCAAGAAAAAGUUUUUUCUCUUAUAGGAAAGACCUCGAACAAGGUAAAUCAAGUGCAGAUGUUUGCAAGGAAAAGCUGGCAGUGUGGGUGAAAAGAUAUCAGGAGCAAAAUAAGAAUAACAAAGCAACUUUGAAGGUGAAUUGCGUUUUCGCAGAUACGCCAAUAAGCUCAUAACUAAGUAAGCUUGGAGAAUGGUACGUUGUGAUUAGCUAAAUCAAUGAAUAUGAACGGAGUGCAACUCACUUGACGUUUUUCUAACAAUCAUUGCCCGAGGUUAAUGGUCGUUUUCUCAUUCUUUGCUAAAGACGCUUGCAACAGUGUGGCCAAGUCACGGGUGCGACACAGUCUGAAACACAAUGGCUAAUGCAACUGGAAAAGACGUUCACUUGACGAUCGCAGACAAAAAAAUGACGCGGUCGAUAUUAGGAAAUACUUCAUAACAGUCCCCACCUAUUUUUUGUCUGAUAUAUUCCGAGGUAGACGCCCUCUUGUUUUCAAAUCUAGCCCAGGUGGCUUGGAACAAUUUUUUUCUAUAUUUUGUUAAUUCAUCUAAUUUCUUACUUUGCGGAACAUUUUUAUAUACUUUUUAUAUACUGGUUUGUAUUGAACAUUGCGUUUGCAUGUGCGUUGCCCCGGCCGGAAUGCCUAAAGAACUGCAUAGCGGUAUAGCGGCAUAGCGGCAUAGCACCACUUGUUCCAGAUCUCUUAGGCUCUAAGUGAACUCUUUCACUCUAUAGGUCGUACUAUCAAAUGGCCUUCUAGAGGCCUUAACCUAAUGGUUCGUUCCUUAUCUAGCUCGCUGUAUACGCUUUCAAGAUCCAUUAAGUUCUCUAUUGCGUGUGAUACCUCGCAUUGCUGACCAAAUACCUGUAGCUGAUGGAUCCAGCCAACAUUUACCUUUUAAUUUAAUAAAUAUUCCGAAAGUAUUUUACAGUCUCGCGAGAGUCAAGUGAACACUCUGGAUGAGCUAUAGAUGGCUAGCUGUUGCCGUAUAUUGUAUGUUAAUAAUGUCAAAGUUUCAUUUGCUGCAAUUGGAGCACUCGGAGUGCUUUUUUCAGAGUGAGUGUGUGUCCUUCACUGACAAACAUCAUCUUUUACCUACUCUUGUUUUGUAGGUUACCCUGUGGACCGGCGAUGCCCUCGCUUUGUGUACGAUUUGCUUUCCUCCAGAGAUGUUAUUCGACGUUAUCGAUACAAGUAAUCUCAGCGAUCACACUGGUUUGUUGAAUGUCCUUGUCUGCUGUGGCCCGAGGUUAAAAGUGUAAGUCAUCUUGUCAGUCCUCAUUAACUUUUGACCUUUUUUCGGAUUUUUGAGGAGAACUACUUUAAUUCUUGUUAUCCAAGAGGUCAUGAUGGGACAGUGAGGAGAAUUCAGGGCCUUGGCUAGGAUAUGUCUAUUUAAAUAAAGUUAUUUUUAGCUUGGUGUGUAAAGCAUUGCAGUCUCUUAGUGUAGUUUCUUAUUGCCAAAGUCAGUUUUAUAUUAAUGAAAAGAACAAAUCUCAUCGCUGUUCCCCAAAACAUCAACCUUACUCACAAGUGACCAAGGCACACUGAAAGAGGAGGAUUUGUUUCAUUUUUCGUGAGCAAAAGGCAAUAUGCGAACCAAACAGCGACCAGAACCCUCCUUCGCUUUCCCCUUAUGAAAAAACAAACAAAAAAAACAAGCAAAGCAAAAACAAAAAAGUAAAAUGUCCAGUGCGUAGAGACAGUAAACUAAAGUCCUGGUGCGUAUUGGAUGUUUUAGCAUUGCGUCUUCUUUCUAAAGUGAGGUUUAGGAGGAGUAAGCAAUUCAUUCGAACUGUACAUAAGAGUUAAAAGCAUUAUCAGCGAGAUUUGCGACCUCCAGAAGUAGAAAAAUAAGUCCCCAUUAGAUUGAUCCGAAGUCAGUUCAUGACAGCGUAUGGAUUAACUAGUUUAUAAUUGGAAAUGCUGAUACACAAGGGGUAUUUGGACAUCUUGGUAAUUUCUGUUUUCUUUAUUUUUAUAUUUAAAUCAGGCCAACUGCUUCUCUGUUGUUCACAUCAAGCAUGUUAUGGUGCGGAGAAUGUGACAGUAUAGAGGAGUAUUACAACAAAUGUGUUGGUGUCCCGUUGCAACUUCUCCCAACAGUUCUUGGCUUGAAGCUGGCUGUUGAUCUGGAAUUGGGAAGCAAGUAUGCUAAGCCGAUGAAAUGAAUUAAACAUAACAGUUGUGGACUAGGACUAGUUGUGCGGUCACGUUUAUUACAAGUCAUUGCUGGCCUGGUUUGACCGUGGCAGCCUUGAAACCAUCCUUAAAAACAUUUAAGGCACAACAUAUGGUCGUUUUAAUUUUUGUCAACGGUAGGGUGGGGGAGGCAAGGGGGGAGGGGAAUAGAAUUAGAGCGUCUCAGCUCAAAUCCUGGUAAACACUUCCUAGUAUCAAACAUUGUAUCCUUUCAUAUAACAUCGAUGCAGUUUUCCUCAAUUUGCAGUUUUCAAUACCCAAACAAAAGAAUGAUUGCUAUGAUUUUUUGUUACGCAGAGUAUUAAUAGAGAAUCAAAUUUAAUGUUAGGAGGCCCAUUGAGUGUCCUUUAACCUAUGACAAGCAAUUUUCAUAAGGGUGGAUCUUCAAAUUUAAAUGCACGCCAAUCCACUUGUAAAUCUUCAGUUAGCUCGCAUGCAGCAGGGAUUAAGGUCUAUGACUGAGGCUUCCGUUUUACCACGUGGUAUUAAUGUUUGUUUGUUUUUCUUGUUGUUUUCUUUUGCUUUGUUAUGUUUGGUGUAGAAAACUUCCGGACCACUUGGAAUCUACAGAAGAGACUCUUUGCUGGGUCAAGGCGGACCUUAAAAGGACUUUACUGACAAUAGGUUAGUUAUGGCGUACUGGAGCCAAAUUUUUAGCCAGCUCCUAUCAUACUGAACAAGUGUCCCAUCUUUGCUGGGGAAUUACCACUCAAAACUGCUAAGAGAAGGGUGGAAGGCGGAGAAGGAGGGGAAAGUGGGAGGGGGGACUUGUGGUUGGAUGGGAGUCCUAACAAGAAAGAACGGAGAUACUGAGUCGCCUCGCUAAAAGAGCCACGACAAGUUCCGGUCUGUCUGCAGAUGCAUGUUACUGUAGCAAGUUAACCUCACCUUGUGACAACUGUAACUUUAUAAAUACCUCUUGCAAUUUCAGCUAAAACCACUGAUGUUGUCCAGGCGUUACUGAGUCUCACAGAGCGUUGCUUCAACCUAACGAACGAGGUGAUUCAUUACAUCGGCGUCACUUCACCUUCGCCUUUGACCAUGCUUCGAAUUAUUCAUCAGGCACAACAACUCUUCAAGGAAGGAGGUCAUAUCAAUUUUUUAGUUAGCUGUUAGCCUGCAGCGUAUGCGUAUUCACGGCGUUCGAGCACUGAAAACACAGAUCGAAACCCUAGGAAACUACCACGAGUUCCAAUUCUCAAUCUGGUUCUCUUAAUUUUUCGCAAUGUUGGCAUACCAAAUGUAACGCUCGCCCUGUAAGAAAUAUAUUCGCUCGCCUUGUAAGAAAUAUAUUCAGUAUGGAGAACCAAUUAUUCCAUGAUCAUUUCAUAUAAUCAUUAUAAUCACUUCUUUCAUCAUUAUCAUAAUUGUAAACAACAGUGCCUGAGUUUGUAAUGUUCAGUUUCGCUGAGCCCUGCUAAAAAAAUAUAUAUUCUCCAUUAAUGAAAUCAUUAUACCUUCAGGCAAAGUCAAGCCAAUUUUAAUUAAAUUUGCCUGGGCAAUUACCGAAAUUAAUCAAUUGAAGGGCCUGGUAACAACCUAUGUCCUUCCUCAAGCUAUGGGCUAUUCCUAAUAAUUAUAUUACACUUUGUGUUUGGCUCGUUAAUAUUGAUUUUACUAAUAACCAGGAAGGGAAGAUAAAGUGCCCCCGCAUCUUAUCUACACUUGUCUUAAUAGCAGAAAUUGGACAGAAGAAAUCUAAAGAAAUAUUGACGAGUAGUUUGGGUUGGUUAUUUGCGUUUUAGCCGCCGAGAUAUUUGAUAUUCUUGAAGAUGAGCUACCAGCUGACUUUAAGAGGAGGUACCGACUAUCUUGGAAUUUGUUAAAGGCAUCGUUGGGGAGAACACCAGGUAAGGACAUGGUGAAGGUUUAGUUACGAACCAUCAUUAUUACAAGCAGCAAUAUCUCCUCUGCUGUAUCUAUGCCUUGCAAAGAAAACUAUGCGAUCUACUCGAAAUACCCGGAUCUAAUCGAAACAGUCACUAUCAACUAAUCUAUUUGGUGAUUUUCUAAGAUCCAGAUCUAGAGCAGGAGCUGUUGGUGAAACCCGAUGUGGUUUUUCUGGGGUAGCCAGGUUAUCAAGUUAUUUCCAAAUGGCGGCGUCCACAGUCAAAUUUUUAGCCCGUAUAAGUAAAAAAUUUAAAACUAUUAGAUUACUCUAUAGCAUCUUAACCCGCGCUAACUCGUGGAUUUUUAUACAGAUAUGCUUUUUAAUGACGGAGAUGUAAUUAAUAUAGUUUCUAGAGUAUACCUCUCUUUCACAGAACUUGCAGUAAAUAAAUCUCCAACAGCACACACUAGGAGCUAAACAAAUUCUAGAGAGCCUAUUGUUUCAACUAAAUAAAUCAUUUUAUUCUUCUACCACUACAGAGCCCAUUGUUGAAAUAAAAGUUAACAUCAAGAUUGCAGUCGUGCCUCGGUAUAAGGGAACACCAAAGCCGAUGAUUUACAUUAGGAGGGAUAGCAGCAGUGAUCAGGAAGCUCCCUUACAAGUGAGAAAAUAAAAUAACUCUGUUUACUCAUAAGCUCUUAAUACGUAUACCUUUCCUCUCGCAAAUAAUAAAGGAAAACGCUCGAAAAUUUAACGAUAAGAAUAUGCGCACAUUAUACGCACAAUUACUUAUUUGUUGAUUACUUUCUGUAUUCAUGUAUGUAUUCAUUCAUUUCAUCUUUCUAUUCACAUGGUCCCUCGCCUCGCAGCCUUCAGAAAUUCCCAACAGCUUACGAUAUGAUGAUAAAACCCAAGUGGUGACUUUCCAUCUACGCGAAGAAGACUGGAAUGAGCUUCACUGUUCAUCCAAGAUAUGGAUAUCAUCCAGAGAAUUAACAAAGGUCAUAACUUGUGAGCCAGUGAGUCUAGCAGACGAGACUGUGAAGAGUGUUCAACGGGUUGAUCCUGUGGAAACAUUUGGUUUGUUUGCAAGACAGACAUUCACCGUAAUGGAAUCCAAUGAAAAAUGCCAAGUACUCAAGGUAAAAGGUGCAUUGCAUAUUGUUAACUUAUUAACAAUUCUUGACUUGGCGUCCAUAGGAUGCUCAUUUGCGCACUUGCACUAUAGCUACAGUAAAGAGCAAUAAGAUCGCCAAAGCCAGUACAUCUUCCAGAGGCCAGUUCCGCAAUAAACGUGUGAGAAUUUUGGACACCAGAACUGAAAGCAGGAGUACAAAAUGGAAUUUUUUAAAAAAAUUUUGUCGUCGUAGCGAAUUACAAGUAUACUAGAUAAGCACAUAAUUCGCUGCAUAAAAAUCCGCCUUAAACCAGUUGUUGAUCUCGUCAACGUGCGAUGAAAACUGGUAGUAUUAAGGUGGUAUCCGAUUAAAACGUCUCAAUAGAACCCCUUGACCAUGUACGUUUAAUCUAGUCGUUUCGUAAAGGUAAUCACAUGAUUUCGAGUGCAAUUUGGAAUAAAUAAGCACGAGCAAAUUUUUGAAAAGACUAAUUAAAUUGCACGAGCCCGUAGGGCGAGUGCAAUUUGUGGUCUUUGAAAAAAUUAACACGUCCAAAUUGCACGAGAAAAAUCAUGUGAUUACGUGUUAAAAGUAUACAUAAAAAAUACGAGAUGACUUAUCAUAAUUAAGCAGAAGCAAAGCGCGCGCAUCAAGUGCAGAAAUAAUUUAUUCAAAUCGUGCGUUCGGUCAAAACAACCGCUUACGAUCAAAACAAUAAUAUGCAAUGAUAUCUUCACAUCUUUUAAGCGCAAAAAAGUUCAAAGUCCAGCUAAACAGUUCAAGGAAUUGUUCGGUCUGUGUCCGUAUCACUGUCGAUGAAAUGGAAUCGUCGUUUCCGAGGUUUAACCAUGUUUGUUUUUAAUUUCGGAUCGCCCCUGGGUCGGCUCGUAAUUUUCGAUUUCCUUGGCAAUUCCCUUCUUUAAACACCACUUUUUCCAACCGACAACCAAAAAGUACUGCUUUUUACAGUGGUUUUGGUGUUUGAGCUGUUUUUCAGCUGCGGUGGUGAAAGAAAACCUACUUAAAACGUCGGCCAUUGUUUCGCUCGCAAAUUUUCAACUUUCAAAUUUUGUUGCAACAUCCAAGGCUCGCAUUUGAUUGGCUAUCUGUGAGUUUCUUUUAUUAUUGACCAAUCAGAAUGUCUGACUUGUUAUUCUCUUUGCACUGAAUUAAUCCUCUUCUGCACUGAAUUAACCCUCUUCUGCACUGAGUUACCUGAAAACUACAUUUAUCUUAACCAAUCGGAACUGAGUAAUUUUUCCAUGUUUAUUAUUAUGUAUGUACUAUCUUAUUUCAUUGUCUUCUCGUUUUUUUGAUAGGUAAUAAAAGUUGAGGAGAGCAUACAUUCUUAUUCUGCUGAACUUGAGAUACUAGACUUCGCCACCUGCAAGGCGAAGGCAAUGAAGGUCAGCCAACCAGAUGAGUCUCCAACCGUAGUCCAAAUAGACUUCGAGGGGGCUACAGGGUAGGUAGCACUAACUUCAGCAGUGAUCAUCAAGCACCACUAUGUUAUGAGUAUGUUGCGGUGUUAUGAGAUUCGGAAAAUUUUUACUGAAUAGCUUAAGCUUUUUAUUGAUUAAAAAAGAUUUACUGAUAACUCUAAAUUAUUGAUUUAAAAAAAUGCUCUAAAUGAUCUUCUCGUUUGCCAGAGAAGUCACGAGCUAUGCACAGAUGUCGAAAGGCGGAGAGUUUGGAAUGUGAAAAAUUCAUUUUCAAAUUGCAAAGUCAAAUACAAAUGCAGGGGUGUGUAUGUAUCGUUAGCUAAAAGAAAUUAAGAUUCUUUUAUUAACACACGUUAUUGUGAAAUUUCGUACCAAGCCAUUUCAGUGUCCUGUCAGCGUCAAUGAACUAAAAGACGCCCAAUUCAGCUGAAUAAAAUUUUAAAAGCAAAGAAACUAGCCCUGCUAAAAAAAAUAUAUAUUCACCAUUAAUGAAAUCAUUAUACCUUCAGGCAAAGUCAAGCCAAUUUUAAUUAAAUUUGCCUGGGCAAUUACCGAAAUUAAUCAAUGAUACCCCCUGUAUCAGCCAAUCAGCAUUUAUAAGUUUGCCCUCAAGGUCAAAAAUUUAGUUAUCAUAGAAACUGCGGUGUUUUACAAGGAUUUCAAGCCCUGAGAAAAGCCGUAAUAACACACGUGAAAGAAUACGAACAUUUUGUGCGUAUGUGAUAUCGCCAAUCAGCUUCUGCCACGUCACUCGCCUUUCGCGCCACUUUAUCAAGUCUUCACCACUCUCACUCCAAGGUAGUUUGUCGAAAUUUUCUCGAAUUUUGGCAGCUAAAACACUGAAAAAUUCGUAUCGUUUACUGACUGUGACGUUCAAAAUUUCCUAAAAGGGGAAGAGAACCAAAAUACGGAAAGAAAAAUCGAAAGUUACGUAUUCAGUGGCUUUGAUAGUGGCAUUUCUCGCGUCUGAGCACGAAAAUCCACAACUGAAAGAUUUUCCACAGUACCUGAAAAUAUAUUUUCUGUCGGUAAGGAAAAAGUGACUUACUGAGAAAUUUUUUUGGUAUGAAAGUUACGCCCAUUGUUUUUUUGUUUGUUUGCUUGUUUGUUUGUUUGUUUGUUAUUUGUCUGUUUGUUUUUUUGUUUGUUUGUUUUUUGUAGUGAUUUGAGGCAUUUUUCCAUCUUGGACCUUAGCGAAUUUUUUGGAGAUUAUCGAUCUUAUUCUUUUUUAAUUUAUAUGUACACUCGACUUUUCUUGUUACGAAAGGGCUAGUGUGUUUGUAGGAUAAAAAAAAUAAUGCAUGGUUGCUUGUAGAUAUGGAAUUCCUCUUCUCGUGUUCAACUCCAUAGCUUACAAGUGAGAUAUCGAGCUGAGCUGAAUUUCUCUAUUCACGCCCAUGCAUUUUUCUCUAUUUAUCUUGUUGUUUUUUUAUCAUUAUUUUUUUUUCACAGUGACCCACUCAGCAUAUAUUUUUCAUGCUUUGUCGACAUCAACUCAUCCAAGUUCCAAAUUUCAGGCAAAGUCGGGAAAGUAUUUUGUAACAUUUCUAAGCGAAGCGAUGGAACAGUGGGAGAACUUGUAAUACGAAACUUAGCUUCAUUGCCUCUCCAUGCUAUGCAAGGGUGGGAUAGUCAACUUACUGAUAUAGGGUAUGUACAAAAUGGGAUCAGCCAGGAUUUUUCAUAAGAGAACAAAACUGAAAUAUAACCAAGAAGUACUAUGCUUCUUGUGAUUCUGGACAAUAUUUAAGGGAGGGAUAAAAUCAAUGAGUUGGAUCUUUAAGCAAUAGACCGCACUCUUUUAUCGGUUUACCGCCGUAAUAACCUAAGCAAGACGGUGAGAGAAGACUGAAAAAGUCUGUAAAUCAUGAGCUGGAGGCAAACAUUAAUCCUUCUGCAGGACAGGUUUGCAUUGGUGAUGAUACCUUUAUCUGGUAUUAAAGAAAAGAUGUAUGUAAGUUAACUGUAGGCGCUGUCCUCCUUUAAAUUCCCUCUAAAGCUUCAGGUCAUUUAUAAUAAUGUUACGUUUUGAUGUAUUAAUUUUUUUAUUGUAAUAGCUGUUCUACAAUGCUUGGCAAAAUGUUUCGCACUAAGCUUGAUCGGGAACUGAAAUUACGAAGAGAUGGUGGUCCGCCGUUUUUUGACCUCAGGGAAUCCAUUGCAGACAUUAUACAUCAUCAUGUGAAGGAGCCUGAGGUAGGCCUGCAGGAACACAUUUUUUCACGUGCAUUUCCAAUGCAUACACUUAGUAAUCAGAAAGUGGUUCACGUCUUCCUUUAGUAGCAUAUUGGACCAAGCGGAUUACUAUAGAGCAACCAAGAACUUAAAAUCGUAACCGGAGAUUGCAUUGGUUUUGCCUAGCUUUGCUCAGUGAUUGGUCCAAAAAACUUGGGCUAUUCUCCUAAUGAAUCAGAUGCAAAACGGAAACUUAUUGCGACUUGUUUGCCCGAGUUUUCUUGCACUUUGGGCACUUCACUUGGUUUUAAUUUAGGUUCUCAGAGGUUCUGAAGGGUAUUUCCUUUCCUCUGAUUGGUCUUUGUGAGUACGUUGGUUUUGGUAUUACAACACUGACUUAAUUGUAAGUCGAUAUAAAAGGGGAUUCUGUCACAUAUUAUAUAUUCUGGGGAACAAUUGCUCCGAUUAUAUGUGAGCUAAUUUGAUAUAAUUGUAAUGAUAGAAAGUUUCCGUUUAACGUCAAAGAUUGCCAAAGUACAUUAUGUUGACGAACGAGGAAUCAUCGAAGAACCAUAUGACUCAGCGGAGGACAUGCUUAAGAAGAAAGGUUUCGUUAUCAAAGUGGAAAAACUGUUCAAGUGGAAGAAUUUACCUUUGGCUAAGGUUUUUUUCUGUGAUUGUCAGCGGUUUGCGGACCUGAUUCGCAAGAAUCCGGGAAAUACUCAACUAUUGGCAGAAUACUUCAACCGAAUUUUCCUUCACAAAGUCAACAGACUGGUAGCUGGCCAAGAGGUAAGAGGAAGUUGAUAUUGACGAAACAAUUUUUGUGAGGUAUAGUAUGACUCCUGUCUUCUGCUGUCUCUUCCAUUAUAUUUGUAAGGGCAAAAAAGGAAUAACGUGGUCAGUGAUUGUUUCGAACUCAAAUUGAUGGGUACACUUAUGUUGAAAAUAAUGAUAGUAAAAAUACUGAUAAUAGUAAUUGUAACGAGAAUGGUAAUGAUAACCAUAAAGAAUAAGAUAAGAAGGACGAUGAUGAUAAAGAUAUUGAUAUAGAAUAUUAUAAUAGUAUUAAAUUUAAAAAUAAUUGAAAUUAAGGUCAUACGUCGUCCUUCUUACACAUCGGUACAGUUUUUCUUAGUUGAAAUUAUGAAUUGGAUUAUGUCAUGCCUCGUUAUUUUAACAGGAGAAGGUCUUAUUCCGUAAAAUGAUGUACACAAAUGCAGCCCGAGUUCCUCAAGAUGGUGGCUAUGCUGUGUGGAAGAAUUCUUACAUAUCCCUGUUGUUUCCACGAGAAAGCAUCAAAAGUAUGGCUGGUAAGUUACCUAGUGAGAGAAUCCGACUCUCGUUAUAAUGUGUUGAGUACAUUCAACAACUUUUCCACGCAAAGGACUCUGGGUAUCGGUACAAUUUUACUCGACAUUGCGGGUACUCAAAACAGUGUGCACACCUGUUUUUUUUUUCCAGGUUUUUCUAAUUGGCUCUCAACAUAUUCAGAGGUUAAGGGAGGAAAAUAAAUAUUUUGAGGAUUAUAUUGUGAAGUGACACAGCGACCCUAAGAUAUGAGGAAUGAUUUAAAUACAAGUGGAUUGCAGCUUACGCGCGUGUCAAAAGUGUCAAGAUAGCCGAGAGAAGUCGUGAUGAGCGCUCGCCUCAAAAUUUAUUCGUCCAAAAUUAAUCAAUGAUUGAUUUCAUAUCUUCUUUAGUAACGCAUCUAUACUUUGGUCUAGGCAAAAAGAAUAUAGAUUAUAAUUUUUUUAUAGCAGCUCUUGCUAUGGAAAGUCCUCUACUUAGUUCUGCUGAACCUGACCAUAUGGAUGAAUCCUCUUCGUUUGAAGGUAGAUCCGUUUCUUCUGAACAUUCUGCAGGCUUCCUCGACCCAUUUCAGGGUUUAGCUUCCCAUAUGGAUCAAGAGUGCGCCUUUUGCCAUUCAAAGAGCGAGACUUUAAAACGGUGCCUUGGAUGUAAAAAUGUGCUCUAUUGUGGUAAAACAUGCCAGAAAGAGCACUGGAAGAAACACAAAACUGAAUGCAGAGGUAACAGGAAACUUUGA